GAGGGAGGGAGGGGAGAGUGAAAUACAAAGACAAAAACAGGGUGAGAAGACAGAAAACACAUUCCAAGACAAGAAAAUAGGAAAGGAUGAGAGUGGAGCGGAGAGAUACCAUAUUGUUCAUUUCUUCCUCUCAGUCUACCCCUCCGCCUUAUUCUUCCAUCCCAGGUUCGGCUACUCACCAUAUUAUCCUGUGUGAUCUUGUGUCACGUGAUGUUGGAGCCAUUUAUAAGACAUUCUAUGAAUCUAGGUUGGAGGAAAAGCAGGAAAACUACUGCAUUCCAUUGAAUCUGCUUGGAACUACAUUACCCAGAGCUGAACCGUGCUCUACAUGUUGUUAGAGCUAAUCCCUAUCUCUGUGACAUUAGAAAAAGAAGAACACAAACUAGUAUAAGGUUAUUGGAAGCAUAACCAAGUGUUGUUCAGCUGUAUCUUGGUGGAGAAGAGACAUUUCAAACAUGACAGGGACUCCUAGGCUUUACAAACAACUCUAAUACAGGAAAAGACAAAGGGGUGGGUUUGGCUCACACAUUUAUGGGCGUGUCAGUCAUGGAGGGUCUCUGCUAGACUCCGCCUAAGUAGACAGCACCUGACAGAGCCCCUCCCCUUAUUCCUGGAUUGGUCCAAUCUCCCCCGGGCCCACCCAUUUCUCCAGACCCUCCAAGGAACGUGGCCGGAUCGAACCUCUUCUCACCCAGGUGCCGUCCGUUUGGUGAGGGCGGCGAGGGCUGUGCUGUGAUUGGUUGACUGCGGGUGGGAGUGCAAUGCGGAUUGGAGGAUGUCGGGGGACUGGGAUGAAGACCACCUGUGUAAGAAGGCACUCACUCUGGUGGAGGAGUUGUGCUUACACUCCUCAGCGAAGGACAGCCAUGAAGCCAGCUGCCGAGACUUUGUCUACAUGAUGAGGGGACAGCAGCACGAAACAGAGAUCUCUGUCAGCCUGUUGUCGGUGAUUGUGACAUUCUGCGGGAUCGUCCUUCUCUCAGUCUCUCUCUUUGUCUCCUGGAAGCUCUGUUGGUUGCCAUGGCGAGACAAGGAGGGUGGGGGCCUCAGCUUGACAUCGGGGCUGAUGCCCGGGGGUGUGGGUGGGAUGGGCGGCAGUGGGGGGGCCUCCCUCCUACCUCCUGUCAUGCAGAGGAAGGCGUCCCACUCCUCACUCUACCCCUCCCUGGCCCAGUCCCAGCAGCAUCACCCCCACUUCUCUGACCUGGUGGGGGUGGAGAGUGGCCAGGGGGUGGGGGGCGUGGUGGGUGGCCCGGAGCAGACCCAGGAACACUCCUACCUGGACAUGGACUCAUACCCCAACAACGCUGGGAAUCUUAAAUUGAGCCAGACGUCUCCAGAGUUGCCCCCCACCACUGAGGGGGGAGCCGCCCCACCCCACAAAGACAUGCCCAAUGCCCACUCCCAGCAGCAGGUCACUGCACGGCCCAAGCCCAUGACUCACCAGUUGUCCAGCCCUGAUUUCCAUGGUGAGGAGAAGAGCGAGCAGGUGACCAGCAUUGGCCAAAUCAAACCGGAACUCUACAGACUGCGUGGGGGCGACCAGGGGGAAGGGAAAGCAGGGGACAAUUGUGGCAAGAUCAGCUUCCUCCUGCGCUACGCCUUCAAUACAGAGCAGCUAGUGGUGAAGAUCCUCAAGGCUGUAGAUCUGGCUGCCAAGGACGCCAACGGCUUCUCAGACCCCUACGUUAAAAUCUACCUGCUACCAGACAGGAAGAAGAAGUUCCAGACCAAGGUCCACAGAAAGACCCUAAACCCUAUCUUCAACGAGACGUUCCAGUUCGGUGUCCCCCUGGCAGAGCUGCACUCCCGGAAGCUACACUUCUCUGUCUACGACUUUGACCGCUUCUCCAGACACGACCUGAUUGGCCAGGUGGUUGUGGACAACCUUCUGGACUUCAGCGAGGGCACAGGGGAAAAGCCUGUCUGGAGGGACAUAGUGGAGGGCACAGCGGAGAAGGCUGACCUGGGGGAGCUGAACUUCUCUCUGUGUUACCUGCCCACGGCAGGUCGGCUCACCGCGACUGUCAUCAAGGCCACCAACCUCAAAGCCAUGGACCUCACCGGCUUCUCAGACCCAUACGUGAAGGCUUCUCUGAUAUGUGAAGGCCGCAGACUAAAGAAGAGGAAGACCUCCAUUAAGAAGAAUACGUUGAACCCCACCUACAACGAGGCUCUAGUCUUUGACAUCCCUCAUGAGGACAUCGACAGGGUGUCCAUCAUCAUCGCUGUCAUGGACUAUGACUGUAUUGGUCAUAAUGAGGUCAUAGGAAUGUGUCGUGUGGGCAGUGACGCUGAGGGUCCUGGGAGGGAGCACUGGACUGCCAUGCUGGCCAACCCCCGCAAGCCCAUAGACCACUGGCACCAGCUCGUCGAGGAAAAACUUGUGGCCUCAUUUGUGUCAAAGAGUCCCGCAGCCUCUCCCAAGCCUCACAUCGUGGUGGACAGUCCCCACUCUGAGUAGAACUGUUAUUAUCAUCUUUCCAGUUCCAGACUUUCUUUCUGCUCAUCUGUGAAUAAUUCUCUCCAUCAAACAAAGAGAGAUAAGGAGACACAUCGACUGCUACUGCUGUUCUACUGCUACUGCUGAAUAUUCCAACUCCUGUCCUGUCGCAACGAAGCACAGGAAUACAGAAUCUACACUCUAUACAAGCAACACUUAGGACUCUGAGACACGCACGCACACACGCACACGCACACACACACACACACACACACACACACACACACACACACACACACACACACACACACACACACACACACACACACACACACACACACACACACACAGUGCUUCAGGUUAGUGCCAGUAAUUCAUCCAGGAGGAGUGUGAUGAUGCACAUUUCUCCCUCCAAUCAAACCUGGGCCUAAGGUUUCUGCUCUGUAUGGACUUCAAAAGACAAACCGUGCCAAUGCUUUACUUUAGGCCAUUAGUAUACAAGUGUAGGAGUUAGGAAACAUCCAUGUAGUGUUUCCAGCAGGACAAACAUCAGUUGUGGAGACUCUAGUGGUUUGGGCCAACCCUCUGGAUCUGGGCUUUUCUGGCUUCUUUUAGCUGGAGGAAGGAACCUUUGCCAGUCGUUAUUAUUGAUGUCAGGGGAGGGAGAAAUGUGGAUAAACCCAUCUGCUGAAGCAUGUUACGUAACCUUGAAAUGUGUCCCUUCGCAUUAUUAUUUUGUCACCUUCUUCAUGGUGCUCAUUAAUGUGAAUUUGCUUUUAUUUUUCUAUUUGUUUGGUUUUGGGGGUUUGUGUAAUAUAAUCAUCCAGAAAGGAAUUUAUCCAUACCAUUUUUUUACGAUCCACUAAGGAUGUGACCGUGAGUACUCGAAGACCUGAAAUAUUUGAGCGCCUUGGGAUGUUACAGGAAUAGUGUUCCCCUGUUUGGACAUACUGGCAGACUUUACCCCAGAGGACUCUACAGGGGAACUGUGAUGAGGACGGACCUGCUCGGCUUGGAGUGCACUUACUGGAAAUGUAUCCUACAGGGAAGGAUUUCACCAUUAUAUCGAAUUUUUCUAUCAUUCCAAGAUUUUGUUUUUCGGAAAGACAUUAUUUAAUUUGAAAAGAUAAGAAUUGUCUGCAGUCCAUCAUGUCUCCGACUGGACGACAACGUUAGAAGGACACACACAUUUGUGUUGCUUUGAUUUGUGUGUAUUUCUGUGAUUGUGUGUGUGUGUUUUGUAUUUGUGUGCAUCUGUGUGUGUAUGCCUGUGUGUUUGUGUGUGUCACUGUGACCUUCUGUGUGACACAUUUCUGUGCUCAUGACGUCCCUAUCUUCUACUUGUCCUCGCGGCCCCACACCAUUCCUAGCAUCCACAGACUGAAACUCCUGUCUUUGAACAAAAUGUGUCUUCUGUCCUGUGUGUCUUAGAGGAACCAUUUGUUGUAGGACCCAUUGCACUUGGUGGGGAAUGGGAUACUUAUGAUCCCUGAAGAACAGUCGGUCUCUCACAGAGAUUAGAGUGUAUUGUGUGUGUUGUUUCCCAAUCACUCAAAAGUG